GCUGGGGGCUGUAGAGGGACUCAGCCGGAGAGCCACUGCGGAGCUGACCAUCGGCAUUUACAGCCGGGACAGGUGCUGUCAAAUAUCUGUGUGGAUCUGGCAGGUUGUCAUACAUAUUCUGCAGAUGGGACAAGUAUGGAGUGUCCCAGCAUGGCAGGCUGGGUCAGGCCGGCGGGACCCUCCCCUCAGUGCCGGGGGGGACAGUGGGGGGGCCGCAGUGUCUCUGUGAGCGACUGGACGCCGGGCCAGGUGUUCCACGGUGCCUGCCCCGGACGGCUCGGACCGAGCUCAACGCUGUGCGAUGUCAUCUCCAUGAGCCGCGUGAGGAAGGCAGGAUCCGGCCCCUGAGCGCGUUAACGUCGACGGCCUUCGUGCGUUCAGGAGGAGCGCGCGGCUCGUGUCAGCGGCCGUCUUCAUGAAGGGAGUCCUCUGGAGGAAGAGCCAGAGAGACAGAAUAAUGAGAGCACCACCGACGCUUCUUUGUUAUGUCGGUGAUGGGCGGCCAUGUUUGUAAUUAAACCGGGUAUAGGCUGUGCGCGUGUGGUGUGUCGGCUAUAUGCGAUUGAAGAGUGUAAAUGUGUGUGUGUGUGUACGUGCACGUGCACCAGCGCAUGUGCGUGUGUGAGAUUUAUGUGAUUUAAAAAUGUAAAUGUGUGUGUGUGUGUGUGUACAUGCGCGCGUGUGUGCGCUCGUGUGUGUAUGUGCACCAGCACACAUGCGUGUGCGUGUGAUGUAUGCGAUUUAAGAUUGUAAAUGUGCGUGUGCGUAUGUGCGUGCGUUUGUGUUUGUGUUUGUGGUGUGCUCUGAGUAGGUGCGUCCUUUGAGCCCAGCCCAGCCCAGCCCAGCCCAGAUGUUUUGCUGAUCGCUGGUGUUCUGGGUGCAGUGGAGCUGUCCACACCGCACGGGUGCUGAAAUCAACCACUUAUCAUGAUGGAUGGAGGCAGGAGAAAGGGACUGUGCGAGUGUGACAGGAGCAGAGAGGAAGAGAGGCGGAAUGGGUGGAAGAUGAAAGGAAACGAGAAGUCGUUUGAAACAGAAACAUGAGAGGAAAAUGAAACAGAAUGUCUUAGUGUGAUUGAGAAGAAAAUAUGAAAUUUUAAUAAAAGCAUAAUCUUUUUUUAAUUGCACAUGUACACUGACAUAAUGUAGAUGAUAAUGGCCAUGCACCAUAAAUGAUAUUUAUUUUGUUUAGGUGCUUGUCACAGACACUCAGGUUGUGGCUACCCAGGAAGCGCUACCCGGCCUGGGAUGCCCACUUUGUGGACCGGCGUCUGAGGAGAACCAUCAAUAUUCUGCAGUACAUCACGCCCAGCGCCGCAGGGGUCCGCUAUCGAGACGGACCCCUGCUAUACGAGCUGCUUCAAUACAUCCGCACCAUGUACCUGGGCAUUCAGAGUCGGCGGCAGAAGGCGCACCAGCGGCGGUUCUACUGGGCCAUGAUGUACGAGUACGCUGAUGUCAACAUGCUGCGGCUCCUGGAGACCUUCCUGGAGAGCGCCCCCCAGCUGGUGCUACAGCUCUGCAUCAUGAUUCAGAAGAACCGGGCCGAGACGCUGCAGUGUAUGUCCUCCGUUGGGUCCCUCGUGUCCCUGGCCUGGGUCCUGGCUUCCUACCACAAACUCCUGCGGGACUCUCGGGACGACAAGAAGAGCAUGAGCUACCGCGGCGCCGUGAUCCACUUAUUUUGGCGGCUCUUCACCAUCUCCUCACGGGUGCUCUCCUUCGCCCUUUUUGCCUCCAUCUUCCACCUCUACUUCGGCAUCUUCGUGGUGGUGCACUGGUGCGCCAUGGCCUUCUGGGUGGUGCACGGGGGCACCGACUUCUGCAUGUCCAAGUGGGAGGAGGUCCUGUUCAACAUGGUGGUGGGCAUCGUCUACAUCUUCUGCUGGUUCAACGUGAAGGAGGGCCGGACCCGCUGGCGCAUGGUGGCCUACUACUCGGUGGUGCUGCUGGAGAACACGGUGCUGACCUGCCUGUGGUACGCGUAUCGGGACCCCGCCACCACCGACCCGUACGCCGUGUCGGCGCUGUGCGGCGUGUACCUCAGCUUCGCCUCCGGGGUGCUCUUCAUGUUCCUGUACUACGGCGUGCUGCACCCCAUGGGCCCCCGCGUGCGCGUGCUGGCCAGCUCCUGCUGCGCCGAGCUGCUCUGGGGGCUCCCGCUGCCCCCCGAGGCCGAGCCCAUGGCCUCCACCCCGGGGCCCCGUGGCUCCCAGGCCACGCCCAGCAGGGGCUCCACGGGGGACCACACGGAGGAGGAGGAACUGGCAGGGGACACCUGCCUGCCCGUGUUCCAGGUGAGGUCCACCACGCCCACCACCACCAGGGGCCGACCCUACCGCCCGGAGGGGCCCCUCAUCAAGAUAGACAUACCCAGGAAGCGCUACCCGGCCUGGGAUGCCCACUUUGUGGACCGGCGUCUGAGGAGAACCAUCAAUAUUCUGCAGUACAUCACGCCCAGCGCCGCAGGGAUCCGCUAUCGAGACGGACCCCUGCUAUACGAGCUGCUUCAGUAUGAGUCCUCCUUAUGAGACCUCAUCCCUCCCUCCCUUCCUCCGUACCGCUCUCUCUCUCUGUCUCCCUCUCAAUUCCCCUCUGUCUCUUUCUCUCUCUGUCUUUCUCUGUGUCACCACGCCUGUUUCCCAUUCACCUGCGUUUGAUUUGUUUGUUCCUUGACAGAAGCGUAAAAUGUUUGUGUCACCGUCUCCAAGUCCGUUUUCAUAUGUUCAAAUUGUUCGUUAAUGAAAACCAAUAUAAAAAGAUGACAUGUAGCAACAAAAACAGGUUAAAACAGCUGAAAGUAUAAGUGAUAUAUUUUCAGUUGCUUUAACACGCAUAAGCCUACAGAUGUACGAUAAACGGAUAAGCUGUUUUAGGUUUGGGUGCCUGUCAGAGUGUGUAAAUGUACAGCGUUUAAGUGUUUCAGUGUUUCUGCUUCACAGAUGUGAUGGUCAUUACUGUCUGUACCCAAAGGAGGAGCAUCUCUUGUCGCAGGGCGUGUGUUGACUAACGCUGCCGACAGAGCAUGAUGGGAAGGAUGGAGGCUAGGUGAUAGCGCCCCCCCCCCCCCACCCUGCAGACUGCUCAAUGCUAGCCACUUCCAGGCCCAGUCCAGGGGGCCGUUUUAAGCAGUUAGUGUAUCCGCUCUGAAAAUCCCGAGACAAAAAUGAGCCAUUUUUUCUUCAACUGCAAAUGCACCCACAUCUCUUCUUCAACUCCGUUCUUCCUUUUUCGUUGGUUAAAUGCCUUGCUCCGGCUCUUGCGCAGAGAGUAAACACGAUUUUCUCUCUUUCACCUACACCUAGUUCUGCCUUUUUUCAGAGAGAGAACGCUCCCUUUUUUGUUGUUCUUUUCUGAGCAAACACCCUCUUCUACAAUUUUCUGGGUGAACGCCCAUGUUUUGUCUCUUGUACAGAGACUGAACCCCCAGCCCUGCACAGCCUUUACCCCCCCCCCCCCUUCCCCCAUUACUUAAGCUCUGCUGAAUCUGUGCAGGUUACUGAAUUUGCCGAUAUCACUGUGACCACUGCAGGUGGCAGAUCGUAUUUAAGACCCACCAAAGCUCGCUCAUUUGGUGCUUGCAGUGUUACAGUGGCAUUACGAGUCAGACCGCCUUAAAAAAAUGAUCUCUCUCUUCGAAAACGAUGUCACUAUCAAGUAAUACGAUGAGUAAUAUUUUCAAUUAGCAUUACUGCAGUAGAGUGUCCCCUUCCCUCUUUUGCAUUAUGAAAAGCUUCAGAGCAGAAAUCUUUUGUCAGUGGCUUCCUUGGAAUUUAUCGAUAACGGAUUUUUCGGUAAGGUAUCUAGCGUGAUUGUUUUGUUUCCCGAAAUGAGCGUGAACAAAUUCAAAAGGCAACGAUACACAUACGUACAAGCUUCUGAAGUAAAUGCCAGAACAUUUGCCAACCAAUGGACUCUCACCAAAAUCCAAAGCACAGCCUAAACACCGUGAUUCAAAAGCUCGCGGCAAAGACAUAGGUGUUAGGCGAGGUGUGCCACCAGCUGAAGACGUAGAGCAUCGAUCAGUACAGAGCCUUCCCACAGUCCUGUAUUUAUUAGCGUGAGAGUCAUAUUAGUGCUACACCUUCGCAAAGCGCAGUUAAAAUGGCAAUAACUGCGUUUGAUUGAUUCCUCUCCUCUUAACGUCCGGCGGCGUGGGAGUUUAGAUUUACAGUCAUUUCCCCCGUUUCAGAGUGGCGGUGAAUCAAUGUAGAGCUAUUUUCAUAAAAAAAAAAAAAGGAAACAGUCAUUUGGGCUUUCUGUGAAAGUGCUGCUCCACUCUCGGCGGUCUUUCAGAGAUGAAAAAUAGAACUAAGUGCAUUCCAUUUUUCACAUUUGAGAAAAUAUGUUGUUUUUUUUCGUUUAGAAAAUAGCACAAUUUUUAAACGUGCGGCGUACUGCUGCUGCACACGGUGAGGUCGGCAAUGAAUCCAGACGGAUCAAAUUUAUAUCGGCUAAGAAUCAGCCGUAUUUUCCCAAAGAACCGAAGCUGUCACCGCUCUCCAGGCAAGCAAACAGCCAGAGCAAAAGCAACGGUUAUGGAUAUAAAACUUUAAAAGAUGACGUUUAAAAGCACAGACCACUCUCCUGCCCUCCCAUCAUCCCUCUGCUCCUCCCAACAUAUCAAUUCUUCCUCUCCUCCUUUAUCUUCUUCCCCUUCUAAAUCCUUCCUCCUCUUUCGCAGAUCGCGGUUCAAAUUGAAUUCAAUUUCAGUAAUAAACUCAACAAGGUGCCAGUGUAUGUCACUGAUUCCAAAGGGGAUCCUGACAUGCACACAUGUUUUUCAGUGUGUACUGUGACUCUUUCAUUAUCAUGUUUAUUUUUCGAUGGCUUAGAUAUAAGAAUGUGAAAAAAAAAAUCUACAUUUUAAAGCUUGUGAAAAUAGAAGCUAUCUUUGCCUGAAUAUACCUGAAUUUUUGUACACAGUCUAACCAGGUCAGCCUGGCAGUUUCAAAGCGGGACGCGUUUCUUAACUCCCUUAGCGUGCGGGGCUCACCACUGUCGCCCUCUGCUGGCCGCUGUCUAAAAAAAAAGCCAAACCACACCUGUAAACACACCUGUACUGUAAUCCACCGUCUUGGUCUGUGGUGCACUUGGCCUCCAAGUAUCUCGCUGUCAGGGAUAAAAUUUGAUAGGCGUGUACAAAUUGCAUCAUCAUCGGUACUAUGACGAUCAUAAAGCUAAUAGCGAUAAGCAUUAUUAUCGGGUGCGCGUGAGAGUUUGAGCGAUGGGUCAGGACUUCGAGGAGCGUCCAGGUGCUUCACAGAGAGGAAGAGCCUUCUCUCUUCCUGCAGGUUACCGGCUGGGCGCUGCCGGCAAGCCCAGGCCUGAGCAGUGCGGGUGAGACCAGGGGAGAAGGGUUCUUGCCGGGGAUGGAAAACAACCCGAGGCCAGCCCGCGGGGGGGGGGGGGGGGAGUCCACGCGCAGAGUUUCCAAGGUCCUCACGAGGUCCUGUCUGGGCGUCCCUCGCCCCUCUGGCGUUCUUCCCGCCCGCGGAUCCCGCUCGGUCUCGCCGAGACGGCGUCGUCCGUCAGGCGUGACCGCGUCUGCGCGUGGGCGUCGCCGUACUUCCGCAGGCUGGCCUCCCGGACGCUCGGCUCGGUUCGGCCGCGUUGGGCUCCAUCCUUGGUUGCUGCUCGCCCUUCCUCCUCAGCAGCGAGGGACUCAGGUGUAUUCUGGUGCAGAUUCUUUUUUUUUUAAUUUUUUUUUUUUAGGGAUUUUACCUAGGGUGGGGCGGGGAGGGGUGGGGGAUAAACGGAGAUCAUGUGGGAGCAUGCAAGUAGCCCUUCCCCCCGUCACAUCUUUGUCAUCUGUGAUUGGCCAACCCUGCCACCUCUGUCGGCAUUAGGUCCCUUUCCAGGAAUUGAGUACCAUGGGAAAAUUCAGCCACUUUAUAACCUUUUUUUUUUUAGAUGAGCCUGUACACACAACUUUCAGAUCAUAGGAUAUGUCUGGACUUCAUCAAUUUUCUCUCUCCCCGACCAAGUCCUCCCCUCCUGUCCCACUCUGCGGGUGGCAAGGUCAUUGGAAGAGCACAUCCAUGCACCUCCCCCAGGGUCUCCUUUUCCAUCCCGCACAAUUCUGGCUCGCUGUUGUUUGCUGGAGAAUCUCUCUUCUUUAGGGUCUGCAUGCAGGCACAAAUACUGGGCUUUGAAUAGAAUAUAAUAGCAGCACAGAUUGGGCCGUAGUGUUGGGACCUCAUGGUUUCCAGAUUGAGCUGGUAGAUUUAGACCUUAUGGUUGCCAGUAUGGGUCACAGAUUUGAGUCCUCAGGGUUACCAGAUUGGGGUGUAGAGGUGGGGACUCAUGGCUGCCAAUUUGAGCUGGUAGAGUUGGGCCUAAUGGUUGCCAGAUUGGAUUAUAGAUAUGAGACCUCAGGGUUGAUAGAUUAGGCUGUAGGGUUGGGGCCUCACAGAUUCCAAAUGUUGCAUUGUACUCAACCACACUUCCUGCAUCAGUGAGCUAUGUUUAAAAGAGGGGAGAGAGGGGGCUUUCCCACUGCAAUUCCAUUAGUUUCUUCACAUGAAAAACAGCACAGGGCCCAGGAUGUAUAUAAUUUAGUACUGGACCCUGAUGUCAGUUGUUUCAAUAAUCACUUAGGUUCAAUUGAUAAAAAUGGAUUCAAUAAUAAAAAAAUAAUAAUUAUCAUGCAGUAAUAAUAAUAAUAAUAAUAAUAAUAAUAACAGUAAUAAUAACUGUAAUAAUAAUAAUAAUAAUAAUAAUAAUGGAUUUGCAUAUAUAUAAAACCUUUAAUCUAAGAGCUCUUUACAGUGGGGUUGGGGACUCCCCUCAAACACCCAUGAUGUGUGUCCCCCACCCCUGUUACACCAGAACACUCAUAAUGCUUAUCAGCUCUGGCAGAGGGUGGAAUUUACAGUGCCAAAGUAAGCAUGGGGAUGAUUAAAUUAUUUUCUGGUGUAUUUGUUCCAGUGACAUCAGAUUUCUUCCCAUACAAAAAGCACAAGAUAUUUUUGUUGAAAUAGUUUUUAUAAAGUGUAGCCCACUGCAUCCAUAACCAUGUCCUAAACUACUGCCACAUGCAUUUUGGCCCCAGAUUUUUCCUUUUACUUUAACCACUGUAUUAAAAUGUUUUCACCCAACUAAUAUAUGGCAGUAAGUGGUCUUUGCAAACAGCAAUGGAUAUCUUAAUAUUCCAAUAUCAUUGAAGCAGAAGUAUUUAUGUUGUCACUGUUUAAACCAAAGUUUUAACAGUUUUCUUCCUAGUUUGAUGAAUAACAAAUAUCUGUUUUCAUCCAACUAAUGUUCAGGAGAAGGUAGUUUAAGCCAAGCUUUAAACUUUAAACAUGAAAUAAUAUAAUAAUAUUGCAAUAUUACAACGGCAGAAAUGCAUUUUCUUAAGUCUUUGUAUUUUUUUAUAACCGCAAUGAAAUAAGUUGAUGAAAAUUGCACGACUCUCUUCUGUUUUCAAGCACUGCAUGUAUCUACAAAAAAAAAAAAAACAACCAGCCCCCUCUCCUCGAACACCUGACCCCCCUCCCUCCUCUGUGCCUUUUCUCCAGUGGGGGCAGUGACCCCUUCCCCCCCCCAUCAGGGCUGGCCCUCCAGCAAACAGCAAUGCCAGUACUGUAUUACGUGUGUGUCUGUAUGUGCUCGCGCGUGUGCGUGCGCGCGCAUGUGUAUGUAUGCGCCAGUGCAGUAACACAACACAUCUGUACAUGAGCAUGUGUCAAUGACAUGAGACUAUACCGCCAUAUAUUAUACAUUCCAGUGUUGCUAUGGUUAUAAUAUUCUGGCUGACGUGAAGUUGUGGUGCGACUGACGAUUGGAACGGAGCGUCUCUCAAACGGGGGCGGCGCCGCGUGAGAGACGUUGCCAGGGUGACUGCGUUAGGAGGGCGUCUCGAACCUCGUUCGUCUCUGAGCUCGAACAGGAGUGGGUCCAUCGACUCGGCCUGCCGUCUUGCCGGCCAGCAGAAUAGUGUGAGAUCUAGGUGGUGAUUGAAUUAAGGUGCCAUACAGGGUGUUAUACAUUUAAAAAAAAAAAAAAAAAAACUAAACUAAAGGGCGUGACACUUAGA